GCUAUAAAAGCAUUCAGAAAAGCUUCACCAACUCAGUAGAAUUCAUAAAGAAAAGAAAAGGGGAAAAAGGAUCCCUCCCCUAAGUUUUCUCUGGCUUUCUUCCGUUAAUGUCUGUUUCCAUCCAAGUUCUAGGCUUAAAAAGCCUUCAGAAGAAAGAAAAAAAGUGCCAUAGGAGAGAGCUUUUAGAGAGAGAAAGAACUGGUCAUUUCAGCACUUCCCAACAUGGGCAUCAUGAGAGUGAGCAGCCUGGAGAUGGCAAGGGAAGAAGAAGGGUGAAGAAGCAGGGACGAAGAAGAAAGACGACUCAGUUUGGAGCUGCUAGACAAGUUCUUCAAUGGAACAUGUGGUACUUUACCUCAACAAUCAGCUAUAUUUUAAGGAAGGCCAAAGCCUUUUACAAUGAGUGUUGCUGUGAUGCUUAUGAAGAUGAGAGGAUGAAGAGAGUUGAAGUGGCUAUGGUUGAUCCUUAUUUCUCAAUGCCUGUUUUUCCUUAUACUACUAUGGCUAAUUGUAUGUAAAUGCUAUUAAGGCAGAAGAAUGAGUGAUGGAGCUAGGGUCAUGUGUGUUUGUACCAAGUUAUGUGUGUCUAGGCUUAGAAGAAUAUGUGUGGGUCCACUUUAAAAACAAAAGAACCUUUUCCUUUUGUUUUCAACAUUGUAUUAAAGAAUUGUGAUCUGGUGGCUAGUAAAAGUUGCUAUAAUUAUUGUGCAC